GUCCAUUCUAACCGCGAUCACAAAAUACGCGUAAUGGUACAGCGAAUCAAUCGUCUGCCGUCUAAUAUCCCCACCAUUCCCAUCUGUGUUGGACCCUGACGAUGGAUGGAGCUGCUGAACAGCUCGUGCCCACGAAAACGUGUGUGCUAACGGUGGCGUCAAAGCGAAUGUUGCGAUCGACGCGCGAACAGCAUCAGCAGCACCUUUUUGUGGUCGCGUGUUUCACGUAACAAUCAAACGCACUGUACUACAGAUUUUCCGUAUGUGAGCUAGGAGUACGAGAAUUGGGAGUAGAACGAACCUUUUUCGAUAUUACUGGCUCAUAACGAGAAGUGUGAGUGUACCUAAAACGUGUUACUGUAGAUAUAUUUUAUACAGUGUAUUAUGUCAAGAUUUCAACUUUGCGCCAAUGGCAAAUCAAAGCUUAGUGUGUACUGUUGAUUGCGAUUAGUGAUACGCAUCGCUUCGGGUUUUCUGUGGCGCGAAUUAAAUCAUCUCGUGGUACACUUUUCCACACGAUUGUGUUCGAAGUUCUGUGAUAUUGUGGUAGUGCGUUUGUUAAAUUAUAUAGAACCCGCGCAAGGAGGUGGAUCAAUUUCGAACGAGUGUUGAAGACGUCCUUAUUACCAGUCCAUCGAUCGAUACUCAUCGCUGAUUCAAGCGCCGCGUUUUCCUCUAUCUCGUACAGUGUGUCUGUCCCACAAAGUGCAUGACAUUGGAAAAUAUUGGCAAAACGUACGAGGCCAGUUGUCCUCGCUGGUGAAUCGUGAAUUAUUUCCCCCACCCCCCACCCUUCCGCAGCCCGCUGCUUCUCGCUUCCACUGUGCCCUGCUGCCGCCUAAUGAAUGACCAACCAACAUCAGCAGGAGCAGCAGCCGGGGCAGCAGAAGCAUCAGCAACAGCAAGCGAUUGCAAUUACUAUUCGGGACACAUGCACCACGUCUGAGGGCGUUACGGGCGAACGGAAAGUGAAGCUAAUCGUCAAUCGAUCGUCCCCGGUGUCGCCACCAUCCGGUGAAUCGAAUCACAACCUUACCGAUCUGGUCCCUGCGCCGGUUAGCACACCCGUCCCUACCAUGACCAUCCCUUCAUUGCCACUAAGUCUGGAUGCUAGUCCGCAUCAGCCACAGCAGCAGCAGCAACAACACCAUCAGCAAACGCAUCCAAACCAACACCAGCAACUGCAGUACCAGUACGAACUACACCAGCAACAGUAUCAGCAACGGCAGCAACAGCAGCAGCACCAGCAUGACCUAUUCAUGAUCGUCAGUAUUUGCCUUGGUUCGUUCAUCCUCAUCUUCGCGAUCGUUUACUUCGUAAGGAAAUUUUUCCAGGGUGGUCAAUUUAAGAACAAAGACAUCCGGCUUGAUGCGAAGGUCGUCAUCAUCACCGGUGCCAAUGCGGGAAUCGGAAAGGAGGCCGCCGUUGUAAGUUUUCCCAUCUUGCGUACAUCACAAUCGAUCAUUGCUAGUCCUCCUACUACUACUCUAUUAUUCUGCGUUUAUGUUCAUCAGGAAUGUGCCAAACGAGGAGCACGGGUUUAUAUGGGGUGUCGAGAUCCGGCCCGGAUGGAGAAAGCUCGUCAGGAGAUACUGGACAAAUCCGGCAGCCAGAAUGUGUUCGGGCUCGAGCUGGAUCUGGCCUCGUUCGAGUCGAUCCGCAACUUUGUCAAGACGUUCCUCAGUAUGGAGCGCCGACUGCACGUGCUGAUCAACAAUGCGGGCGUGAUGGCGUGCCCGAAAGCCUACACCAAGGAGGGCUUCGAGAUGCACUUCGGCACUAACCAUUUGGGGCAUUUUCUGCUUACGAAUCUGCUGCUGGACGUGCUGAAACGGUCCGCGCCUAGCAGGAUCGUGACGGUUUCUAGUCUCGGUCACAAGUGGGGACGCAUCGACAAGGAUGAUAUCAACGCGGAGAAGGACUACCGGGAAUGGGAUGCGUACACGCAGAGCAAGCUGUGCAACAUUCUCUUCUCACGCCAUCUUGCAAAACGGUUGCAUGGUACCGGUGUUAACACGUACGCAUUACACCCGGGUGCCAUUAAUACCGAGCUAAUGCGACAUCUUAAUCCUUGCUUAAGAACGAUGGCGAAACCUGUUUUUUGGGUGUUUUUUAAAACGCCUAAAUCCGGUGCCCAGACAACACUGUACUGCGCGAUGGAACCAACGAUUGCAUCCCAGACGGGUCUAUACUACAGUGACUGCAAGCAGAAGGAACCGGAACCACACGCGAAGGACGACACGAUGGCAGAAUGGCUUUGGAAUCUGAGCGAAAGGUUGACCGGACUCUCACAAUAAUCUGCUGCUGCUUGUGCUGCUGGUGCUGCUGUGUGGUCCCACUUUUGGGAGCGUUAUUCGCACAUUCAAGGCAGUUGGCCUUUACUCAUUCCACUCUUUUCCUUUCUCUUUAUUUCCUAUCAGUGUAAAGAACAACCGUUAGACGAUAAUCAAUGAUAGUAUUGUAUGUAAGGAAUAGAAGAAAUACAGCAUUUCAAACAAAACCCGAUCCUCAAAACAGACACAAAAUAU